GCGCCGAGGGAGGAUCGUCGGGGGUUGGAAACAUUACUUCCUCCCCUAGAAUGUAAUCAAAACAAAAAAAGAAUUAUUAAAAAAAAAAAAAUACGAAUAGUGUCAAAUUUUCCAUUAUCAAUAAUCCCUUAAUUAACAACAAGUGAGGACAAGUGUUAAGACCUUGAGAUUAUGCGUCAUUGAAUCUGAAAGAUUUAUUUCGAUGGGUGGAAAAAGGUGGUGGGAAGGAGUCUGCCUCUCAAUUAUCCUGAUUCUCCUGCUAAAGGACUCAGGAGUUUAUGGCGUUGGUGAAGUUGGAUGUUUAUUCGACAAGACAUUAUGUCGAACUUCGGACGAGACGUGCUACGAUGAUGCAGCCUUCGGUAAAUGCAUCCAGGUCUAUUCCCUUCUGGACACGUCCACCGCCUACCGUUACGAUCUGGACUCCUCGGAGCUCGAGCUUCUACGUUCAGUUCUCGAGAAACUAGUCGUGGACAAUUACCAAUGGUCGCACCCCUACACCCAGUGCACCAUAACCUCCACUUUGAACAGCAUUCGCUACGAGACCCUUCCCGAUGAUUUCACUUGCGAUGAUCUCGCCGAUCUGCCCCCUCCUCGUAGCCAGGAAAUGCAUCAAAUUAGUUUGAAUCCCAACGACGAUGGAAUAUCUCCACUGGCGGUUGUCAAUUACAUGCCAACCCGCGGCCACGGUUACGGUGAUUUCGCCAAUGAGCUCUAUUACCCACCUCCUCUACCACCGAACGCAGAAACAACUGAAGUCAAUAUUAAUGAUGAUAUCACUGAUCAGCGGGGCAAAAUGCACCGGUUGGAUCUGUAUCCAAGCUUCGAGAUAGGGGAUGAACGGCGGAUCAUUUUUCCUGAUAAUUCAGAUCAAUCAGACGAAGCUAACAGAUACGACGAGGAGUUGUAUGAAGUUUCCCAACGACUUCAGGAGCAGGCAGAGGCUCUCAGGGCUGCUGAGCAAACCAAGAUGUUGAGAUCACGACGACACAGCCAGAGGACAGCACUGGCUUUCCUCGAUGAACCGUACGAUGACGAGUAUUCAGAGUCUUUUGGCCGAAGUGACAAUGCUUUUCGUCCAAAAACCAUCAACUCAACUUUCUUUGAUACAAACCGAGCUGACCUUGAGGAUCUGAUGGAGUACUUUGAAGCUAGUGCAGAUCUGAAGGGCGGAGAACAGCAGGAGAAGAGCGAUGAGGACGAAGGCCAAGAUUUACCUGAACUCGAUUUGGGUGAUUACAAUGGCAUUCCUUACUGGCAGAUUGCUGAAGACUUGUCCGGAUUCAAAAGACCCGAGAGACUCGACGUGAAGAAACCUGGACCGUACUAUUCGACGAAUAAUUAUGCGUUUAAAAUGCAGACAAUUCCACCGAAUGAUGAUGAGACAGGCGUCGAGGGGAGCAGAAGAAAUUUGGUCAAGAAGGAGUAUGUUGCUGGGGGAGAUAUUACCAAAAUUGAGAAUGUUGAUGUUGGUCGGGUGGAUAUGGAUCAUGUGUUCAUCAAGUUUGAUAAGGACAUUCGUAAUUGGGUUGAUGGACAGAUCAUUACUAAAUCGGUUGCCAAACUCCUUGGCCUGGAAAUGAAUGACCUAAGGGGAACCCGAGUCGGCAGGGCUGAAGUUAUCUUUACGGUGAUGACAAAUAAAAUGAAAUUGAAUGCAACUCAAAUUGUUUCAUUACUGUCGAGUAUACGCGAGGACCUGGAGAAGAUUGCUAAUAUGAGAAUGACGGAAGCCGGAAUUGGUGAUAAGACUCAAAUACCACUGGUGAAAUUCCCCCAAGUGUACACUGUGGAGGCAAAUUCACAGAAUGUCAUCGAGAUAAUAGCUUGUGUGGUGAUGGGAGCGGUCGCGGCGGCAUCAAUAGUCUUGAUCAUAAUAGUCCAUCGUCAAUCAAAAACAAGGCGAAAACUAGCGGGUUUGACAACACCAGAUCCAGAAGCGUCUAAGGACUAUCAGGAAUUGUGCAGAGCGCGAAUGCAGGCAAAAGUGCCAACAGUAACGUCGGAAAAACCAGAGUCACCCAGGAUAAUUAGUUUGUCCAAGGAGAGUGAGUCAAAUCGAUCGAGCACCAGUUCCUGGGGUGGAGAUGAUCCCGCAACUCUCACCAAUAUGGAUAUUGCUACUGGACAUAUGGUUUUGAUGUACAUGGAGGAUCACUUGAAGAAUAAAGAUCGGUUGGAUCAAGAAUGGGCAGUAAUCUGCGCCUACGAGACUGACCCAUCGUCUAUCGCGAUCGCCACGAACAAUGAAAAUAUCGAUAAAAAUCGCCCUGGUUCCGCAUUCCCCUACGAUCAUUCCAGAAUAGUUCUCAAUGACCUCUCGAAUCUCAACAAUUCCGAUUACAUCAACGCAUCAACAAUCACCGACCACGAUCCACGGAAUCCAGCGUAUAUUGCAACCCAGGGGCCCCUUCCUCAGACCUCAUCAGACUUCUGGCAAUUAGUUUGGGAGCAAGGGAGUGUUGUUAUCGUGAUGUUAACCCGAUUAACCGAAGAAGGACAGGCAAUGUGCCAUCGAUAUUGGCCAGAAGAAGGAUCUGAACUGUAUCACAUCUACGAGGUUCACCUCGUAUCUGAACAUAUCUGGUGCGAUGAUUACUUGGUGCGUUCGUUCUAUCUCAAGAAUCUGCGAACUGGCGAAACUAGAACUGUCACGCAAUUCCAUUUCCUUUCGUGGCCAGAAAAUGGGGUGCCUCAUUCUACUAAGGCAUUGUUAGAAUUUAGGAGAAAGGUCAAUAAGUCAUACAGAGGGCGAAGCUGUCCCAUUGUGAUUCAUUGCAGUAAUGGAGCAGGCAGGACAGGCACUUACUGUUUAAUUGACAUGGUCCUUAAUCGAAUGGCGAAGGGAGCUAAAGAAAUCGAUAUCGCAGCUGCUCUGGAGCAUAUCAGAGAUCAACGCCCAGGAAUGGUAUCAAAUAAACAACAAUUUGAAUUUGUCCUUGUAGCCGUGGCUGAAGAGGUGCAUGCCAUACUCAAGGCUCUCCCUGUGCCAUCAACUGACAAGACCCAGAAUACAUCAUCUGUAUCCUCUUCGGGGUCAGAUAAAUAAGAAUGAAUAUCCUCUAUGAGAUUAUCAAUUAUCUGACAAGUGGAGCAAAUAAAAAUGGUAAGGAUGUCAUGAAGGGCAGAUGUAUGUCUUGAAAAUCUUAGUAAUUAGUCAAAUUUCAAAUUUUCGUCAAUUUUCCGUUCAACAAACGUCAAUUCUGGCCGAUUUAUUAAAUUAAUUUUUUAUUUUCAUAUCGGAAAUUGGAGAUAAGCUAUAAAACUCAAAAUAAGUUAUCGACAGGUCUUGUGUCUGCUUUUUAAUUUUGGUUGAGUAAAUUUGGAUCCAACGGCCUACAAUCAACCAAAAAUCAGAGAUAAAUUAAUUAUGUUGAUAAAGGAAUUGUCCAUCCAUUUAAUUUAAAGAUGAAAAUUGCCUUUCGUAAUUUCUCCUUUUGCGAUUAACAACGACUUGUCUUUGAUUUAGCUGGAUAUAAAGAAAUUAUUACGCAGAAUCAUUGAUAAGGGAGGGAAUUAAUGUUCGAUGAUUGACUACGAGACAGAGAAAAAAAACUAAAAAAAUUAUUGCAUUGGUGCACAAAAAUUAGUUACAGAACUAUCGAUUGAACUGAAUCCUGUGAAUUAGAUUAUUUCUUCCCUUAAAUAUUAUGAGGGUUUCGUCAAUCGAGUGAUUGUUUGACCUUCAUUAUAGAAUCCUUCAUUAAUCGAUAAACAAAUAUUUUUCAAUUACAAAGAAAUAAGUUUUUUUUUAGAAAUAAAACUUGAUAUCCUUUGUUUGUAUCGGACAAAAAAUAUUUUAUGGAAGAGGGGAUAACCUAGGAAUUACGUCAGGGCUCGUGCGAGGAGUCAAUAAAAAAGUAAAUCAUCAUUAUUAAUUUACGAAUGUGAUUCUAUGGCACCAGCCUCCCAUGGAAUACCAUUUUCAUUAAUAAAACAGAAUAAAUUCCCUAAUAUUUGUAAUUUCCAGUAUUAAGAUUGGAUGCUCGCGCGUGUCUCGACAUUCCUCGUCACGUAAAUUUUAUUUAUUUACUGCAUUGAGAAAUAAUUAAUUAGCCAUUUUUUACCGUUUUUAUUUGAGAAUUUUCAUUAGAAAAAGAUGUUCUCAUGAAAAAAAAGUAGCGCUUUUGAUAUUUUGCCUUAAAAUCAUUCGUAACUGCGAGGAAUUAGUCAUUAUUGUGAUUAUAUAUCAGAUUAUUUUGUCAACAAUUUUUAUUCAUUUCUAUUGAUCUAAUUUGUAAAAAUCUGUUUUAUCCUUUUUCAAUUGUAUUUUUUUUAUUUUACAAGAAUUGACCUCGUCUUCUGAGGAAAAUUCUUAUAUUGAUUAAUACAAUUAAUGAAUUGUGUAAUUAGCAAUAAUGAAUGGUGCAGUAAUCAGUGUACGAAUCUAUAUAUUACAAUAUCAAUCAUGCAAAAUACCUCAUAACUCCAGCUUAAUCAUCAAUUUGCCAAAAACUUUGUCAACAAAAAAUUGAUAUAAUCUUAGUUUUUUUGUUGAUUUAGAUUUAAAGAGAAAAUUUAAAAAACUGAGUGGAUCUUUUUUUGGCAACUUCUACUCUUAUAGAUUCUAUAUUUUUGUGUAAAAGACGAGGAACGACGUACCUAUGCAUAAAUGAAGUAACAGAGCAACAAAUUAUAUUAAUACAUUAUAUGAAGAAAAAAAAAUUAUGUAUACAUAUAAGUCUAUAUCAUGUUAAUGGCGAAUAUAUACUAAUAUAUGUUGUGAAUGAAUAUUAAAAUGCAGUCUAUGUUUAACAAUAGUCACUUGGAACAUUUUGACAUUUUGAAUUGUUUUAGUUUCGUUGUUCACUCAUUUUUUUUACUUCAAAUCCAAAUGUUAUUUAGGGUUCUGGCAAAUAAUACUACAAACCCCCCUGACCCUCCAACUAAAUUAGAUUACUCGAACAAGAUUAUUGGCCAAUAGUUUAAUUGAAAACCCCUAAGUUUUAUUUUUAUGGUCAUUGCGUAAUGGAUAACAAUUUAUUUAAACAAAGGAUAAAACCAAAAGAACAAUUUAUGAAACUCAAAGAGAAAUGGAACGCAGCUUUCAACUAAGUAUUAAUUUGUUUAUUAUUCAAUGGACUUGAAGCAAUUAAAAUAAAUCCAUGAAAGUGAAAAAUUAGUAUAAAUAAAUUACCUUUAUGGCUAUUUAAAAUCGCUAGGCUUGAGUAUAAUGACGAGUCUCAUAAACAUCAAUUCUAGGAAUAUUUUUUCAUGUUCAAUUACACUAUUGUAAGCGGUGAAGGAUUGGAUUCUGACAUAAAUACCGAAGCUGGGUUUUACGUCUAUCUGAUAAAGGCCAUCUAACUGUUACUUUGUACGUUAUUACAUUUUAAUUUUUUUUAUUUUUAUAGAUUUUAUUGAUAGUAUGCUUCCAAAUGAAUUUGUUGCAAUUCCAUUAGAAAAUGUCGAACAGUCAAUUAUCAGGAAACCAUGAAAUUGAAUGCAACAAUUUUUUAAACUUUCUGAUAGGAUGUUAUUGCCCAAUGAAACUUGGUCCAAUUACGAGGCCCAAUAUGGAAUAACUAUCUACAAAAUGAUCCUCCCCCCGCCCCCCAUUUGCGGAAGAAUUUUAUUUUUAAUUCGGUUUGACCAUUUUUUUAGAUUAAUCCAUUGAUGGUCAUUUGUAUCUUUGUUCAUACAAGAGCAUAUCUCAAUCCGUGAGAGAGAAUAGUCAAAACAAUGGGAAUUAUUGUGUCAAUUAAACUAAAAACAAAAAACUAGAUGAACAUGAAAUCUCAUUUUUCUAAUUUUUCAAUUUGUAAAAAAUUAGUAAAACCAAGAAUAAAAUAAGUAAAUUCCCUCAAGAAA